GGAGAUUUAUUAAAACCUGUUCACAGGAAACAGUUGAUCAGUUGCCCAUUGCAACCAAUCAGAUCGCUUCUUUCACUUUUUUUUUUUUUUUUUUAAAGGCCUCUGAGAAAUGAAAGAAGACAUCUGAUUGCUCUAGGCAUCAGCACCACUUCUACGUAGGUUUUGAUAAAACUCUCCAAGGAUAUUAGCCAGCUCUGUAUAACCAUCCUCAUGGCGGCGGUUGGCCUCACCAGCGACACUACUUAGAUAGGCGGAGCCACAAGCUGCUCUAGAGCGUCAUUGGCUGAAAGAGACGUUGCUCACUAGGACCACCCGGAAGUCCCGCCUCCUCACUUCCCCGCCCACACCAAACAUGGCGGGUGAGUCCGCGAUGGAGCUCUUGUUUUUAGACACUUUCAAGCACCAGAACACGGAGCAAGGCAGCAACGUAGAUGUGGUCCGGUUUCCAUGCGUUGUGUAUAUCAACGAAGUCCGAGUUAUCCCACCGGGGGUCAGAGCACACAACAACUUACCUGAUAGUCGAGCUUACGGUGAGACCUCGCCACAUACAUUUCAUCUGGACCUGUUCGUCAACAAUGUCAAUAAGCCAAGUGCCACUGUGUUUGACCGACUGGGGAGUUUGGAUUAUGAUGAGAAUAAUUCAAUCAUCUUCCGGCCAAAUGCAAAGGUUAACACAGAUGGGCUUGUGCUCAAGGGUUGGUACAAUUGCUUGACCCUUGCUGUGUACGGAUCAGUGGACAGAGUUAUUCUCAACCAUGAAAGAGAUUCUCCUCCACCCCCUCCUCCACCUCCACCGCCUCCUCAGCAGCUACAGAUAGGGCUGAAAAGGAACCCCAAGCAUGUUGAAGAAGACAAAGAAGACCAGUACAAUGGUAGUCCACCAAGACCGCAGCCAAGAGGGCCUAGAACUCCCCCUGGCCCUCCGCCUCCAGAUGAUGAUGACGAUGAUGAUGAGCCAAUGCCAGCUGCAGGAGGAGAAAAAGAGGAUGAUCGAGAACAAAGAGAAGGUUACUUUGAGCCCAUUUCUCCCGAUCGAGUAUCUAUUCACCCUGAUGGCACUUACUCUGAUGAAGAGGAAGGGGAUGACGAUCCUCAGGAUGAUGGAGAUGAAGAUGAUGAUGAUGAGGAGGAGGAUGAUGAUGAUGAUGAUGAAGAAGAUGACGACCUCAAUGCUGAGGAAGAGGAUGAGGAGGACGAUGUGCAAACAGGAGAAAGCAUUGCUGAUGAAGAUGAAGACGAAGAGGGUGACGAAGAAGAAAUAGAAGGGAAUGAGGUUUAUGAACUGAUUUCGAGUGAUGAAGAUGGGAUUGCUGACUUUGAACAAGAGGCAUUUAAAUAUCCAAGUUUUGACAUCGACUACACACCAGAGGAUUUGGCUUCUGUACCCACUAUGAAUUAUGAUCCUUAUGACCGAGACUUGGGCCCCCUUCUUUACUUUAGCUGUCCGUACAGAACUGCUUUUGAGAACGAAAUUAUUAAGCUACGGGACCAGGACCUUGAUAAGGAUAUUUCUGGGUCUAGUGAGUUGUCGGUGAAGCUAUUGGAACUUCUCGAUCUCUAUCAAGAUGACAGGGGUGCAAAGUGGGUCACAGCACUGGAAGAAGUACCUAGCUUAAUAGUUAAGGGAUUAAGUUUUCUCGAGCUAAAAGAGCCAAGUCGAGACCAUCUUAGCCAGUUGGUGGACUGGGCCAUGCAGGCAUUGGACUUACAGCUUGCUCUCCAGCAACCAAUUGCAUUGAAUGUCCGGCAGCUCAAAGCUGGUACUAAGCUGGUGUUGUCGCUUGCAGAAUGUGGAACUCGUGCAAUGGAAUCUCUGCUGAAGGCGGAUGUCAUCGGCAAGUUAUAUAAUCUAUUGUUUGCCGAGCAUGUUUCAUCAUCCCUCAAGCUAAACGCCUUUAAAUCGUUGGACGGCAUAAUCGGCACAACCGAGGGAAUGAAAGCCUUUCUGAAGAAUCCUUUAGAUUCACAAGGAAAAAGUGGUUAUCAGAGACUGCUGGAGCUGAUCUUGAUGGACCAGACUGUCAGGGUUUUCACAGCUUGCUCUGGUGUCCUCCAGAAGUGUCACUUUUAUGAAAUCCUUUCUAGUGUAAAGAGAAUAGCAGACCAGUUAGCAGACAACACUCCCACCCCACCUCCUGCUGACAACAGAGAUCCUGAUCAGGAAACUCCGGCAGCAGCCGAGAGACCAAGUCGAGACUAUGACAGCGAGGUGGAAGUUCCUAUGGAUAUGGAUCAAUUCUUGGAGUCUUCUAAUAUAAGUGAAGGAGACUUGGAAAAACUGCUUGGUCUUCUCAAUGAGAUUUUUCAUCUUUUAGAAACUGCUCCUCAUGCUAUGAUCCAGCCUCCUGUGAAGUCUUUCCCAACUUCUGCCAGAAUUACUGGCCCCCCAGAACGAGAUGACCCUUAUCCUGUUCUGUAUAGGUACCUCCACAAUCACCAGUUCCUGGAGUCUGCUACUUUGUUUCUGUCUUUACCCGGGACCUGUUCCCACCCUGGUAUUGUAAACACUAUUAGGGAGAUACUUCAGUUUCUGGCACAGUCUCAGAAUGGACUCCUGUUUCUAUUAUUUGAGAAUGAAGCAACUAAUCUGAUCGCCAGAGCUUUAUGCCAGGCUUCUGAACAAGAUCAAGAUGACAAUCUGCAGUCAGAGGGGAACAAUGAAGACUCUUGUGCCUUGUGGCUUUUACAUGCCACCCAGGCUCUGCAAUACAUCUCUGAACUAUUUCACCACUUCCAGCAUUGUGAAGCCACAGAAGAGGCCGACCACAUUAACCUGCUGGGCAUCCUGCACAACCUUUACCUGAUCACCUUCAGUCCCAUUGGCAGGUCUGCAGUGGCUCAUGUCUUCAGCCUAGACAAGAACCUGCAGUGCCUCAUCACUUUAAUGGAGAUCUGCUCCAAGGAAGCCCUUGGAGACACAAAAUCGAAGAUGUCGGUGGUUUAUAACUACGCUUGUCUGCUUUUGCUGCUGGUGGUGCAAACAUCCAAUGAUGUACAGACGCUGGAAACUCACUGUGCACCUAUACUGAAGCUCUGCAAAGGAGAUGAAAAUAAUCCCAAGCUACAAGAGCUUGCAAAGUGGCUGGAGCCAUUAAAAAGUAUUCGAUUUGAGAUCAGUUGUAUUCCUGGUCUGAUCGAUUAUAUCAAACAGAACCUGGACAAUCUGAUGGCUCCGGAAGGUGUGGGUCUGCUGACUGCUCUCAGGGUACUUUGUCAUGUGGCUUGUCCACCUGCUCCUGUUGAAGGCCAGCAGAAAGACUUGAAGUGGAAUCUCGCUGUUAUUCAGCUCUUCUCUGCUGAGGGACUUGACACCUUCAUACGAAUCCUGCAGAAAAUGAACAGCAUCCUCAUCCAGCCGUGGAGGCUGCACGUCAACCUCGGAACCACUCUGUAUAAAGCAGUAACAAUCUCCUCGGCUCGCUGCACUCUAUCAUUGCUCAAGACAAUGCUCACAGAGCUUUUAAGAGGCGGCAGCUUUGAGUUUAAGGAUAUGCGGGUGCCGUCCACUCUAGUGACGUUACACAUGCUCUUAUGUUCCAUACCUCUUACUGGAAGGCUGGAUGGAGAGGAGCAGAAGAUGCAGAGUGAUAUCAUAGACAUCUUACUGACAUUUACACAAGGAGUCAAUGAGCAGCUGACUAUCUCUGAGGAGACUCUGGCCAACAAUACCUGGUCAUUAAUGCUUAAAGAGGUGCUCACCUCUGUCCUUAAAGCACCCGAGGGCUUCUUCUCUGGGCUUAUCCUUCUGUCUGAGCUUCUUCCUUUCCCACUACCAAUGCAGACCACUCAGGCAAUUGAUCCACAGGACAUUGCGGUGGCGCUGAACACCAGGAAGCUGUGGAGCAUGCAUCUACACGUACAUUCCAGGCUCCUGCAGGAUAUAGUCAGGUCUUUUGCUGGUUCUUCGUGUCAACCUUUGCAGCAUAUGGUGAGACGCAUCUGUGUUCAGUUGUGUGACCUGGCCUCACCCACCGCCCUCUUAAUCAUGCGCACAGUCCUGGAUCUUAUUGUAGAAGACCUGCAGAGUUCCCCCGAAGACAAGGAGAAGCAGUGCACAGGUCAGACAGCUAGGCUUCUCGCUCUUCUCGACUCUUUGGCUGCCCACAGAGCCUGCAAAGUGGCUAUUCUACACCUUAUAAAUGGAGGGAAAGGUGACGAGCGAUAUGCUGAAUUCUUUCAAGAGCUUCUGAUGUUAAUAAAAUCUGCAGGUGACCAUGUCAUCCACCAGCAAUGUGCGGAGUAUGCUGCGUCCAUCGUGCAGUCCCUCUGUGACCAGGAUAUUGCUCUCAUCGUACCCACCUCAGGAGAUGCUCCAGCAUCAGAAGUAGAUCAGCUUUCCAACUCCUUACCGAGCAAAGAUCAUCUUCCUUCUAUCUGCGAAUGCCUAAUGGAAACCUUGGCUAACACUGACAGCAGCUACACAACACUCCUUACCUGUAUCAGGACUAUGAUGUUCCUUUCAGAGCAUGAUUUUGGGUUCUUUCACUUAAAGAGCUCCCUCAGGAAGCACAACAAUGCUCUCUUUCUGCUCCUGAAGCGAAUAGUUUCUGGGUUUGGAAAAGACACUGGGGAAUUGGCGUCAUCGUUCAUGGAUUUCAUGCGACAGAUACUAAAUUCUGAUCCAAUGACAUGUGGAGAUGACGGAGGAAUGAUGGAAGUGGACGGAGCUCCGCAGUCAAAGACUCUUGGCCUCAGCCCUGGAGAAAUGAAGCAGCUGCUGCUCAACAAGGAAGAUCCUGCACAGAAACUGCUGCUGGGCCUGGAGAAAAUCAUUCUGGAGCAGUCCAAAGAAGAUGAUAGUCUGGAGUCUUUAUUGGAGAACGUGGCUGGAUUCCGACAGAUACUUGAAGCUGCUAAGGAGCCCGUACCAUUGAGUGAGCACGAUGUGGAGCCCAUUUUACCAGCUGGAGACCCCCUGCAGAACCUUUUCAAUAACAGGACUGUGUACGUUCUUGCAGACGUGAUGGACGAGCAGCUGAAGUCUUUUUCGUUUUCCCCCUUCCAGCCUGAAGAAGCAGAUGUUGACCUAGACUUGGUCAAAGUUGACUUAAUCAACCUUUCGGCCAAAUGCUGCAGUGACUUUGACAUAAAAGGAGAGCUGGAAAGAUCCUUUUUGUUGGAGCCCUCAUCGCCGGGUCGGACGAAAGCAGCUAAAGGUUUCAAACUUGGAAAACACAAACAUGAGACGUUCAUUACUAGUGGAAAGUCAGAAUACAUUGAACCAGCCAAGAGAGCCCACUUUGUACCUCCCCCUCGUGGAAGGGGUAGAGGAGGAUUUGGACAGGGAAUGCGUCCCCACGAUCUCUUUCGGCAGAGGAAGCAGAACACGAGCCGACCUCCUUCCAUGCACGUGGAUGACUUUGUGGCUGCUGAACGUAAAGAAGUCGUCCCUCAAGUUGGAAUUCCUCAACCUAAGAGACCUCCAAAGGUUACCCAAAAAGUUUCAUCUCGUGGUGGGUUUCCAGGAAAUCGUGGUGGCCGAGGGGCAUUUCAUAGCCAGAGCAGAUUCUUCACUCCUCCUGCUCCUAAAGUUAACUACAGUCGUCGUGAAGGUAUUCGCAUACUAAACUGGACCGCUCAGGCCGCCCCACGAGGAGCGUAUGUGGAAAGCAGAGGAGCUCAAAGCAACUUUGAUAGGGGACCCCUGCCAUCCCUUAGGCAGAGUUCUGCAGGAUACCGUCCAAACCCUCGGGAACGAGCUGCCAGGGGCCGCGGUGGUGGUAUUGGACUAUCCUGGACUAAUAUUGCAGGUGGUGGAAAUGCUUCACGUGGAAAAUUCCUUGGAGGCAAUGGCAGCCGAGGACGUCAUGUACGUUCCUUCACCAGAUAGGAGGAACGCUGCUGGACAUGUUAUAUAUGUGAAUAUUUUGAGAGAUUGUUCUAAAGCAACAGAGCACUGAAGGACCAAUGGACAACGUGGUGCGAGACGGCUGCACCACCCAGUAUUGGGCCCGAUAGUAAAUGUAUUUUGAUACACAUGUUCCAAGUCAAAGUGCAAAACAUAUUAUUUUUAUGUACAGUAUAGUAAUUUUUCUGUGUUUGUCUUAUUUCUUUGGUUCAUUUUUUUUUUUUUAUAAUAAAAUCAUGAAAUAAUCAGGUGU